CGGCGGUGGCUGCGGUGGGGGUGGCCGGAACUGGGGUGGUGAAGAAGCGGUGGCGGCGGCGGCCGUGGCGGUGGCUGAAGGAGCAGCAGCCGCCCCAGCCGCUUCCCCUGUGCUUCCCUUCCUCUUGAGUGCAGCCAGGAAGUUUUUCGCUUCUGUGCAUGUGUGUGUGCGUGAGUGUGGGUGUGUAAGGUGAAGAUUUGGGCGGCGUUUGUGCAGGCGUUGGGUUUUUUGCCCACUUCUCUUCCCGUAACCCGGGUAGCUCCCGAGCCUGGGCUGUGGCCCGAAGAGGGGGCGCGGCGGCGGGCUCUCUCCUUUUGUUGUUGUUUCCUCCGCCUGGGGAGCUGAAGAGGGGACGCGCCUGGGUGGGGCGGCUCGGAGCCCGGGCCUGGUGGCCCCCGGGGCUCCCGGGCCGGCAGGGUAGGGCAGAGUAGAGCGGGCUUCAACAUGAUGGCGGCCGAGGCCGGCAGUGAGGAGGGCGGCCCGGUCACCGCCGGGGCAGCAGGAGGCGGCGGGGCCGCAGGCUCCAGUGCCUGUCCGGCAGUGUGUCGGGUGAAGAUACCCGCCGCCCUGUCUGUGGCAGCCGCCCCCUUUCCUGGGCUGGCGGAGGCUGGAGUGGCCGGGACUCUGGGUGGCGGAGCCGCUUUGGGGUCAGGGUUCCUGGGACCUGGGCCUGUGGCGGGGGCACUGGGGGGAGCCGGACUGUCAGGGGGAGGUGCUGCUGCUGGCGUGGCUGGUGCUGCCGCCGCCGGACCUGGCGGGGAGAUGGCUCUCACCAAGGGGACCACUUCGUUGCCGGCUGAGACCUUCGGGGCAGGCGGCGGAUUCCCUCCUUUGCCACCUCCUCCUCAGCUGCCCCCUUUGGGCGCGGGCCUGGGAACAGUGGACGAAGGUGACUCUCUGGAUGGACCAGAAUACGAGGAGGAAGAGGUGGCCAUCCCGCUGACCGCUCCGCCAACUAACCAGUGGUAUCAUGGAAAACUUGAUAGAACGAUAGCAGAGGAACGCCUCAGGCAGGCAGGGAAGUCCGGCAGUUACCUUAUAAGAGAGAGUGAUCGGAGGCCAGGGUCCUUUGUACUUUCAUUUCUUAGCCAGACAAAUGUUGUCAACCAUUUUAGGAUUAUUGCUAUGUGUGGGGAUUACUACAUUGGUGGAAGACGUUUUUCUUCUCUGUCAGACCUAAUAGGUUAUUACAGUCAUGUUUCCUGUUUGCUUAAAGGAGAAAAAUUGCUUUAUCCAGUUGCACCUCCAGAGCCAGUAGAAGAUAGAAGGCGUGUUCGAGCCAUUCUCCCUUACACAAAAGUACCAGACACUGAUGAAAUAAGUUUCUUAAAAGGAGAUAUGUUCAUUGUUCAUAACGAGUUAGAAGAUGGAUGGAUGUGGGUUACAAAUCUAAGAACAGAUGAACAAGGUCUUAUUGUUGAAGACCUAGUAGAAGAGGUGGGCCGGGAAGAAGAUCCACAUGAAGGCAAAAUAUGGUUCCAUGGGAAAAUUUCCAAACAAGAAGCUUAUAAUUUACUAAUGACAGUUGGUCAAGUCUGCAGUUUUCUUGUGAGGCCAUCAGAUAAUACUCCUGGUGACUAUUCACUUUAUUUUCGGACCAAUGAAAAUAUUCAGCGAUUUAAAAUAUGUCCAACACCAAACAAUCAGUUUAUGAUGGGAGGCCGAUAUUAUAACAGCAUUGGGGACAUCAUAGAUCACUAUCGAAAAGAACAAAUUGUUGAAGGGUAUUAUCUUAAGGAACCUGUACCAAUGCAGGAUCAAGAACAAGUACUCAAUGAUACAGUGGAUGGCAAGGAAAUUUAUAAUACAAUUCGUCGUAAAACAAAGGAUGCCUUUUAUAAAAACAUUGUUAAAAAAGGUUAUCUUCUAAAAAAAGGCAAAGGAAAAAGGUGGAAAAAUUUAUAUUUUAUCUUAGAGGGCAGUGAUGCCCAACUUAUUUAUUUUGAAAGUGAAAAACGAGCUACAAAACCAAAAGGAUUAAUAGAUCUCAGCGUGUGUUCUGUCUAUGUUGUUCAUGAUAGUCUCUUUGGCAGGCCAAACUGUUUUCAGAUAGUGGUUCAGCACUUUAGUGAAGAACAUUACAUCUUCUACUUUGCAGGAGAAACUCCAGAACAAGCAGAGGACUGGAUGAAAGGUCUGCAGGCAUUUUGCAAUUUACGGAAAAGUAGUCCAGGGACAUCUAAUAAACGCCUGCGUCAGGUCAGCAGUCUUGUUUUACAUAUUGAAGAAGCCCAUAAACUCCCAGUAAAACAUUUUACUAAUCCAUAUUGUAACAUCUACCUGAAUAGUGUCCAGGUAGCAAAAACUCAUGCAAGGGAAGGGCAAAACCCUGUAUGGUCAGAAGAGUUUGUCUUUGAUGAUCUUCCUCCUGACAUCAACAGAUUUGAAAUAACUCUUAGUAAUAAAACGAAGAAAAGCAAAGAUCCUGAUAUCUUAUUUAUGCGCUGCCAGUUGAGCCGGCUGCAGAAAGGGCAUGCCACAGAUGAAUGGUUUUUGCUCAGCUCCCAUAUACCAUUGAAAGGUAUUGAGCCAGGAUCCCUGCGCGUCCGAGCACGAUAUUCUAUGGAAAAAAUCAUGCCAGAAGAAGAGUACAGCGAAUUUAAAGAGCUUAUACUGCAAAAGGAGCUUCAUGUAGUCUAUGCUUUAUCACAUGUAUGUGGACAGGACCGAACACUACUGGCUAGCAUCCUACUGAGGAUUUUUCUUCAUGAAAGGCUUGAAUCGUUGUUGUUAUGUACACUAAAUGACAGAGAAAUAAGCAUGGAAGAUGAAGCCACUACCCUAUUUCGAGCUACAACACUUGCGAGUACGUUGAUGGAGCAGUAUAUGAAAGCCACUGCUACACAAUUUGUUCAUCACGCUUUGAAAGACUGUAUCUUAAAGAUAAUGGAAAGCAAGCAGUCUUGCGAGUUAAGUCCAUCAAAGUUAGAAAAAAAUGAAGAUGUGAACACUAAUUUAGCACACCUAUUGAACAUACUUUCAGAGCUUGUGGAGAAAAUAUUCAUGGCUUCAGAAAUACUUCCACCGACACUGAGGUAUAUUUAUGGGUGUUUACAGAAAUCUGUUCAGCAUAAGUGGCCUACAAAUACCACCAUGAGAACAAGAGUUGUUAGUGGUUUUGUUUUUCUUCGACUUAUCUGUCCUGCCAUCCUGAACCCACGGAUGUUUAAUAUCAUCUCAGAUUCCCCAUCUCCUAUUGCUGCAAGAACACUGAUAUUAGUGGCUAAGUCUGUGCAGAACUUAGCAAAUCUUGUGGAAUUUGGAGCUAAGGAGCCUUACAUGGAAGGUGUCAAUCCAUUCAUCAAAAGUAACAAACAUCGUAUGAUCAUGUUUUUAGAUGAACUUGGGAAUGUACCUGAACUUCCGGACACUACAGAGCAUUCUAGAACUGACCUUUCCCGUGAUUUAGCAGCAUUGCAUGAGAUUUGUGUAGCCCAUUCAGAUGAACUGCGAACGCUCAGUAAUGAGCGUGGUGCACAGCAGCACGUACUGAAAAAGCUUCUGGCUAUAACAGAGCUGCUUCAGCAAAAACAAAACCAGUAUACAAAAACUAAUGAUGUCAGGUAGCAGCCUUCGCCGCAGUGUUCUGCAUGGAUUCAGCAUGCCCAACAUGGUAAUUCACAUCAGUAUAAUGUCUCCUUUGCUCUUGCCAAAAAAAUAGCACACCUUUCCACAUUCCAGUGAUGUGUGAACUAUGCAAACAAAACUCGAGAUUCUGCUGGUGAGUAACUGCACCAGCAGCUUUGUAAGCUAUCUGUGCAGGAUAUUUGCACUUUUUUUCCACAUAUGGAAUCUUUACCAACCUCUGAGCCUUGGUGUACAGAUCACCUUUCACACAAUGCUAUGACCAUAUCUUGAACUUGGAAAAUAUAUUUUCAAUACAUUCAAUUGCCAAAGUUUUGCUGUCUCUUGGAAACAGAACUGAAAAAAAGCAUUCUGUUGACAAUUGAGUAUAACUGGAUUGCAGACUGCUCUUACUGUUACUUCUUCCUGAAUUAGGAAUAUGACCGUUUGACUGUUCAAUGACUUUAUUUGUAUUUACAGUUUCCAGAGUUUACCAUUACAAUAGGAACACUCUUUGCUGUAUACUUUUUUUUUUAAAUAACUGCUAUUUCUCUUUGCUGGAACUGUUGAAAGAAAAUAUAUAGAAUGGAUCUCUUGCUCAUCAGCUUUAUUUUUUAAACAUACCACUUAUUUUGUUCGAAUUGUCAAAGACUGUAUUUAGAUCUCAUAAUGCUUUUUUGUUAAAUGUUUACAACAGUAAAUAGUUUGAAUUCAAUAAAUAUUAUUGGUCACUGUGUACUGAUCAACGCAUGUUACCCAUUCAACCGUUUUAUAGAUUACCGAUUUCUUUUAUAUGUUUAAAAACCCUAAAAACCCUAGAAUGCUUUCAUUGAAAGUAUUCAUUAAUUCCAAGUUGAUUUUUUAAAUUAUGCAAACAAUUUCAUCAGCCACUGAACAGCUCAUCUUUACCCUUCUGACUACUUGUUGUAUCUGCUGGAUAUUUAGUUUGACUGUAUAGUUUUAUUUGCUUCUGUAUGUGUAUUUUUGUGAAGUAUUCACAAGGGUUAAGUUAAAAUAAAACCAAGGGAUAUCAUAAAUAUCUGAUUA